CAAUAAUCACCCUUAUAGUUCACCAAAUAUACCACUAAAACUAGCCAUAAUACCAAAAGAUAGUGUCAUACAUAUAUAGAUGGAGACAGAAAAGGGAACAGUGCCACCACCCGAAGCUCCUCCGACUGCAGUGGCGACGACGAUGGAUAAAAAAUGUCGUGGAAUUGAUGUAAUUCUAAGGGUUUUGUUGUUGGCUGCGUCAAUUGUGGCGAUUGUAGUGAUGGUCACUAGUAAGCAAACGGCGACUGUUCUUACACCUCGUGGCCCCAUCCGCGCUCCGGCGAAAUUUGAGCAUUCUCCUGCCUUCAUAUAUUUUGUGGUAGCAUUAUCGGUUGCUGGUCUGUACAGCAUCAUCACAGCAAUUGCAUCGUUGUCCUUCUUCAGGAAGUCCAGCAUCCCUCCUAAGUUGUUCUGGAUUUUACUCGUUCAUGAUGUGUUGAUACUGGGAAUAGUAGCUGCAGCAACAGGUGCAGCUGGUGGAGUUGGAUACAUUGGUCUAAAGGGAAACACCCAUGUAAAAUGGAUGAAAAUAUGCAACUUCUAUGGCAAAUUUUGCCGCCACAUUGGAGGCUCCAUUUUUGUUUCAUUGUUUGCUGCCGUGGUGCUCGUGCUCCUUGUCGUCGUUAAUGGCUAUUCUCUUUACUGUCGCAUCCCAGAAUGAAUGUACUUCUUAAUUGUCAUAACUUCGUAUUUGAUCCAUAUGUAAUUAUGUAUGGACGCUAGUUUAAUCUGUCCCUUUGUGCUAUAAGCGUUUUACGAUUUGACACUGGUGUUUAGGGGUGUAUCUAGUGCAUAACUGCAUAUUAUAUGUCCUUUUUGGGCGUAACUCGUGUAGUACGUUUGUGUUCCUUUUAUUUCUCUGUAUAUAUAUGUAUAUUUUUCAGUUUAGUGAUUGAAAAUAAAUUUGCAGUGUUCUUUGGUAAA